UUCCUGCUAAAUUCUAUCCCACUAUCAAAAAAAUAGAAAAAGUAAAAAUAAAAAAGCUCAAAAAGUUUUCUAUAUUGACUUCUUGAUCAUAUGUUUUCUUUUCCUUUCCUACCUUUUAACUAACUUUUAUUGUUUGUUAAUUCAUAUUUUGUAUGCUGCUUUUUUGUGUCUGUUGAGUUUAUACCAUAUUGUUUUAGAAGAAGGAUUUUGAGGUUUUAAGAAAAUAUGGGGAUAUUUUUAAUUAUGGGAUUUGGGCUAUUUUGCCUCUUGGCUAUGGUUACAGAGGCAGAAUACAUGAAAUAUAAGGAUCCAAAACAGAAAUUAGGUGUUAGAAUUAAAGAUUUGAUGAAAAGAAUGACACUUGAGGAGAAAAUUGGCCAGAUGACUCAAAUUGAGAGGAAAGUUGCCUCAGCUGAUGUUAUGAAGAAAUAUUUCAUUGGGAGCUUAUUGAGUGGUGGAGGAAGUGUGCCAAAACCUAAUGCCUCCGCGGAGGAUUGGGUGAAUAUGGUAAAUGAGUUUCAAAAGGGUGCUCUUAAGACUCGCCUUGGUAUUCCCAUGAUUUAUGGCAUUGAUGCAGUUCAUGGCCAUAAUAAUGUGUACAAAGCUACAAUCUUUCCUCACAAUGUUGGACUUGGUGUCACCAGGGAUCCUGAUCUUGUGAAGCGAAUCGGGGCUGCAACUGCACUUGAAGUCAGAGCCACAGGAAUACAAUAUGCUUUUUCUCCCUGCCUUGCAAUAUGUAGAAACCCGAGGUGGGGCCGUUGUUAUGAAAGCUACAGCGAAGAUGUUAAUAUCGUGCGAAGCAUGACAGAGAUCAUUCCUGGUUUACAAGGAGAUGUGCCGGCUAACAUGAGCAAGGGUGUUCCUUUUGUCGAUGGAAAGAAAAAGGUUGUGGCCUGUGCUAAGCACUUUGUAGCGGAUGGUGGAACGGUGAAUGGAAUCGAUGAAAAUAAUACAAUAACCGACGCGCAAGGAUUAUUUAGCAUUCACAUGCCAGCAUAUUAUGAUUCAGUCAUAAAAGGUGUUGCCACAGUGAUGGCAUCUUACUCGAGCUUGAACGGCGAAAGGAUGCAUGCCAACACACACCUACUCACUGGCUUCCUAAAAGAGAGGCUGAAAUUUCGGGGCUUUGUCAUUUCAGAUUGGGAAGGUAUUAACCGAAUUACUAACCCCGCGAACUCUAACUACACAUAUUCAGUUCAAGCAAGUGUUAUGGCAGGAGUUGACAUGAUUAUGGUACCAGAGAACUACACAGAUUUUAUCGGCAACUUGACUUUCCUAGUGAAAAACAAUUUCGUUCCGAUGAGCAGAAUUGACGAUGCAGUGAAGAGGAUAUUAAGGGUUAAGUUUGUUAUGGGACUGUUUGAGGAUCCAAUGGGAGAUCUUAGCAUGGCAAAAUAUUUGGGUUGCCAGGAGCAUAGAGAAUUGGCAAGGGAAGCAGUUAGGAAAUCACUUGUGCUUUUGAAGAACGGAAAAAACCCUGAUCAACCUUUACUUCCCCUUCCGAAGAAAGCGCGAAGGAUACUUGUUGCGGGAACUCAUGCAGACAAUUUAGGAUAUCAGUGUGGAGGCUGGACAAUUCAAUGGCAGGGUGUUCCUGGAAAUAAUCUUACAAUCGGAACUACCAUUUCAAAGGCUAUCAUGAAUACUGUUGAUCCUUCAACAGAAGUAGUAUACCAGCAGAAUCCUGUCCUAGUCGAAUCCAGCCAAUUCGACUAUGCUAUCGUAGUAGUUGGCGAGCCUCCAUAUGCUGAGAUGUAUGGUGAUAGCUCAAAUCUCACUAUACUUGAUCCUGGUCCUAGCAUUAUCAACUACAUUUGUGGCACUGUCAAGUGUGUUGUAGUCGUUAUCUCUGGCCGUCCUGUUGUGAUCGAACCAUACGUUGAAAAAAUGGACGCGCUCGUGGCUGCAUGGCUUCCAGGGACAGAAGGACAAGGUGUUGCUGAUGUUUUGUUUGGUGACUAUGGAUUCACUGGAAAACUCGCGUGUACUUGGUUCAAGAGAGUCGAUCAGCUUCCGAUGAACGUUGGCGAUCCACACUAUGAUCCUCUGUUCCUCUUUGGAUUUGGCCUUACAACUCAGCCAGUGAAUGGAAAUUAACAUGAAAACAUGAUUAAUUGAAGUUAUUUUUUAAGAAAAGCUUCAUAUGAUUAAGAGCUCUUGGUCAGACUAGCAAGCAAAACAAGAAAAAGAGGAACUUAUCAAUUUGUUUCAACAUAUUGUAAAAGCAGCCAGUAUCUUGUUAUUUUUCUUAUACAUUGUUGUAAAUACCACUAUAUGCAUAUAAUUGUAUUGA